AUGGUGUACACUUCGUUGACUGACAUCCCUCGUAACCUUAAAGAAGGUAUUGACUGGUUGUUGGCCGUGAAGGGAGCCGAUGCUGAAAAGAACUUAGCGGCCAUGGGCGCUGCCCUAUACGACUUUCUCGUAGACAAGCCUGUAGGCUUCACGGAGGUGCCAGCUCUCGAGAAUGUUAAGCUUAUUUCGAAAGAGUUCCUGGAGCGACAGGAAUUUAAGGACAUGUGGCCUGCAAACGAGCUGCUGGGGAGAUUCAACAACCAUGUGAAGACACAAAACAUAGACCACCUUAAGUACCCGUUUCCCAUAAACGACAGCGAUUUUUCGAAUGUCGUGCGUGCCAGGCGUGCCGUACCUGAAAAAAUCGCAGAGGACCUAGGUAGGAUUGUGGAUGGUUGCGAGAGCUUCCUGGAGCAUAUCGUACUCCCUGAGCAGUAUUUAUCUGCUUAUAAUUCAGAAGCAACUUGGAAGAAAUCAUGUUCGGAAAAGCCGGAAGAUUGCGCAGUGGUACUUGUGGGAAUCGCGCCAAUGUUGUACACAGGCCUUUAUUAUCUACGGAGAACUAGCAACCCAGCACACUUGAAAGCGUCGCUCUCUAGAGAUGUCAAGCGCCCGCGAGAGCACCUGAAGGUUGUGGGUUUCAAGGAGCUGGAAUGCCACGCUGGAAUGACCGGCUCAGACAUCCGCAAUGCAUUGGAAGGUUUGAAUCUGCAAAUUAUGGAAAAAAUAUACGACCUCGCUGGAUUUUGGGCUUUCUAUUAG